AUGAUGGCAAAUAAGGGCAUUCAUUGGUUCCUCUUAGCUCAUCUCCUAGUGCAAAUAGCAAAUACAAACGCAAGAGUUCCAGCGAUUAUAGUGUUUGGAGACUCUUCUGUGGAUGCAGGGAACAACAACCAGAUACCUACAAUACUAAAGAGCAAUUUCGAGCCUUAUGGUAGAGAUUUCAUUGGUGGUCAGCCCACUGGAAGGUUCUCCAAUGGCCGGAUUGCAACAGAUUUCAUUUCUGAAGCUUUUGGGAUCAAGCCAACAAUUCCUGCAUAUUUGGAUCCAACAUAUGGUGUCAAAGAUUUUGCUACUGGUGUUUGCUUUGCUUCCGCCGGCACAGGUUAUGAUAAUGCCACUUCCAACGUGCUAUCUGUAGUACCUCUGUGGGGGGAAUUAGAGUACUAUAAGGAAUACCAGAAGGAUCUGAGAGGAUAUCUUGGGGAGGAGAAAGCUAACGAGGUUCUGAGUGAAGCACUCUACCUGAUAAGCAUAGGAACCAACGAUUUCCUAGAGAACUACUAUUUGCUUCCAGAAAGAUCAUUACAGUUUUCCAUUGAGGAGUACCAGAGAUUUCUAGCAGGUAUUGCAGGAAAUUUCAUCACAGAGCUCUACAAUCUUGGAGCUCGAAAGAUAUCCUUAGUUGGGCUUCCUCCGAUGGGGUGUUUGCCAUUGGCGAGAACCACAAAUAUCUUGAUUGGGAGUGAAUGUAUAGAGGAAUACAACAAUGUGGCCAAAGAUUUUAAUGAAAAGUUGAAGGGAUUGACUACAAAUCUGAACAAGGAGUUAACUGGAAUCCGCCUGGUGUUUUCAAACGUAUAUGAUUUUCUCUUCGAAAUGAUUCAGAAUCCACAACUCUUUGGAUUCGAAGAAACAGCAACAGCAUGUUGUGGAACUGGAUUGAUCGAGGUGAGUUACUUGUGUGAAGCGCUAAGCCUAUUCACAUGUUCAGAUGCAAGUAAAUAUGUAUUUUGGGAUUCCAUCCACCCCACAGAGACGACAAAUGGUCUCCUUGCUGAUCAUGUGAUGAAAAAUGAUCUAGCUCAUGAGUUUCUGAGGUGA